AUGACAAAGUCAUUUGUGGAAGUGGUUGGGAGAGGCGGAUUUGGAAUUGUUUAUAAAGGAACCCUGUCUGAUGGCCAUAUGGUUGCAGUGAAGGUCUUGAAAGAUUCAAAGGGUAAUGGUGAAGACUUCACCAAUGAAGUUGCCAGCAUGAGCCAAACCUCUCAUCUCAACAUUGUUUCCUUGCUUGGAUUCUGCUCUGAAGGUUCCAAAAGAGCAAUUAUAUAUGAAUUUUUGGAAAAUGGGUCACUUGAUAAGUUCUUAUCAGGGAAGACCACAGUGAAACUGGAUUGGAUGGCAGUGUAUGGAAUUGCACUAGGAGUUGCUCGUGGUCUAGAGUACUUGCACCAUGGCUGCAAAAGAAGAAUUGUUCACUUCGACAUAAAACCACAUAAUGUACUCUUAGAUGAAACAUUUUGCCCCAAGGUUUCGGACUUUGGCCUUGCUAAGCUUUGUGCGAAGAAAGAGAGCGCCUUGUCAUUGAUGGACACAAGACAAGAGGUACAGUAG